AAUGCAAAUGAUCUUCCUAUUUUUGUGUACGCAAGAAUGAGGAUUUAAGAACAUAAUAUAAACGUGUACGUGAAGUAGCUGGCAACUUGAUAUAUAAAUCUGCCGACACCCAUAACUUGAAGCUUGAAACAUUUUUUUAGCAUUUCUUUAAGGUCUCCAAUAUCCCAUUAAUUAAUGGUAUGGGGAAUUGCUUUAGUGCUCAUUCAACUAGAGAACCCCAACAAACACUACUCCCCAUUGAUUCUGCUUUCAAGCUUCCUUCUCCUUUGCCUACAUGGCCAUCCUCAUCAGAUGGCUCAGAAUUUGGGAGUGGAUAUAUUGAUCUUGGGGGGCUCCAAGUCUGCCAAAUUUCAACUUUCAACAAGGUCUGGUCAACGCAGGAAGGAGGGCCGGACAACCUCGGGGCAACAAUCUUCGAGCCGUCGGUCAUACCCGCCGGGUACUCCGUCCUAGGCUACUACGCCCAUCCGAACAACCGGCGGCUGUUUGGUUGGGUUCUUGCCGGCCGGGACAACUCCGGCGACCUCCUCAAAGAGCCGAGCGAUUACACUCUUGUUUGGAGCAGUGAGCAAUUGAAAAUCCAACAGAGUAGUCCUGUCUAUGUUUGGUUGCCAGUUCCGCCGGAGGGGUACAAGGCAGUCGGACACCUUGUCACCACGUCGCCGGAGAAUCCGCCGGCCGGCCGGGUAAUGUGCGUCCGGGCAGAUAUGACGGAGGAAUGUGAAGUUGAAGAUCUGGUUUGGUCACCUGGGAAGUCUAGCGAUCCAAAUGGUUUUAAUCUUUACCGGUUGAGACCCCGCAAUAGAGGCACACAAGCCGAAGGGGUUAGUGUUGGCACAUUUGCAACCAAUACCAACACAUCUCUUGCUUGUCUCAAAAACAACAAUUUCACAAAAUAUUCUUCCAUUCCCGACCUUAACCAAAUCCAAGCACUCUUCCAAGAAUACUCUCCCAUUAUUUACCUCCACCCCAAAGAAACUUACCUCCCAUCCUCAGUCAACUGGUAUUUCACAAACGGCGCCUUAUUGUACAAGAAAGGCGACGAGUCAAACCCCGUCUCCGUUGACCCAAACGGCGCAAACCUUCCCCAAGGCGGAUCAGACGACGGCGCGUACUGGCUGGACCUCCCCGCCGACGAAUCCGCCAGAAACGCCGUCAAGAAAGGAGAUCUAAACAGUUCCGAGGUUUAUCUCCACGUAAAACCCAUGCUGGGUGGAACGUUCACCGACAUUGUGGUGUGGUUGUUCUAUCCUUUCAACGGUCCGGCCACCGUCAAGCUCGGGCUGGUCAACAUCCCGUUGACCAGGACCGGCGAGCACGUCGGAGAUUGGGAGCAUCUGACUCUGAGAAUCAGUAACUUCAAUGGAGUCCUGCAAAGGAUGUACUUCUCCGCUCACAGUGGUGGGUCGUGGGUGGACGCCCCGAAUCUUGAGUUUCUCGCCGGCGGGAACAAGCCGGCGGCGUAUUCGUCGGAGAACGGCCACGCGAACUAUUCGAAGCCGGGGACGGUUUUGCAGGGGCUGGGGGAUGAGAUCGGGUUGAGGAAUGACACUGCGAAGAGUGACUUGGUUUGGGACUGUGGCCGGAAGUACGCGGUGGUGGCGGCCGAGGGUGUGGCGCCGGCGGUUGCCGAGCCGCCGUGGCUGAACUAUGCUAGGAAGUGGGGCCCGACGGUGACGUAUAAGAUUGGGGAUGAAGUGGAGGCGUUGGAAGGGGAGUUGAAAGGGGGCUUGAAAUCGGCGUUUGAUGAUCUGGUGAAUGUGUUUCCUGAUGAGGUGUUGGGAGAAGAAGGUCCGACUGGGCCCAAGCUGAAGGAUAGUUGGAGUGGUGAUGAGAGGUGAUUAUUGUGAAGGAAAAAUAUUCCAAUAUUACUAAAAGUUCUUGUAUUCUUAUAACAAGCCCGUGCAAUGCACGGGCAGAAUGUAAUUUAGCUAAUUUGAUUUCUUUUGGAUCAUAUGUAAUGUGAUUUAAAAGAAAAAUAAACUUCGUCUAAUAUAGAGCCUGUUUAAUAUAAUGUGAUUUAAAAGAAGUAUUCUUUUUAAGAUUAUAUCUAAUAGUUUUAAUUUCGUUUUUUAAUUUCAAAUAAUAUAGAGCCUGUUUAAUAUAGUGUG